AUGUUUGUGAAGUUCGUCGCAUUCCUCUGCGUUCUGGGCUGCGCUUGCGCUAGCGAUCUUUCAAGCUUCGCGUACGAUGUCGCGGACCCUUUCACUGGCGACUUCAAGAGUCAGGCUGAAACUCGUAUUGGCAACGAUGUACGCGGCCAAUACUCGCUUGUUGAGCCUGACGGUUUUCGGCGCACAGUAGACUACGCAGCUGGUGCCGAGGGAUUCAACGCUAUCGUCCGUCGUGACCCUGCCCUGGCUGCCUACAUCGCUCCCGCCCUCCCCUACGCCAGUCCAAUCGGCUUCAACUUCAAACUGGCCAACUUUGGCCUCGCUCCGUAUGCAUACGCUAAAUACUUCAAAUGA